CAUACCUGUACGUGUUGGUAGGGGUCCAGUUGAAGCCAUGCUCUCUGUCUGUCUGUCCGUCUGUCUGUCUGAGUGCUGGUUGUCAGUCUGACAGCAUCACGGAUGUGUUACGUCAGCUCGUUUGUUUCCCCCAUUAGGUGCGUUUGAGUUGUCGCGUGCACUGAUGAAGACUUUGGGAUAACACAAACAUGCGCGCGGCGUUGAUAAACUAACAUCGAAAUAAAAUAAAAUACAUCUUUGAAUGAUUUUGUGCAUGCUGUUUUUAUGUCUAACUGGACUUUAUUUCGCUCCACUGUUACAUGAGUCGUAUAAUCAUUAUUAUAAUCAGGCACCAGGAGCUUUUUGGGAUGGACUUUUCCCACAUUUCCAAUUCAUCUUUUUCCUCCUUCAGUUCUCCCGGGAAUACAGAACAAGAACAUGAGCAGUACAACAAUGUGCUCAUGCCCAGCAUCUUUGGUGUCAUCUGUUUCUUUGGUAUCUUUGGAAACUGCGUUGUGAUCUACACCAUCGUGAAGAAGACCAAGUUCUGCUCCCAGCAAACAGUGCCAGACAUAUUUAUCUUCAGUUUGUCCAUCGCAGACCUCCUCUUUCUCCUCGGCAUGCCUUUCCUCAUUCACCAGCUGGUGGGCAAUGGCUCCUGGUGCUUUGGUGGCACCAUGUGCACCGUCAUCACUGCGCUUGAUUCCAACAGCCAGAUAGUCAGCACAUACAUCCUGACCGUGAUGACUCUGGACCGCUACCUGGCCACUGUGCAUCCCAUCCGCUUCAAACAUGUCCGAACCCCCUUCGUGGCUGGGGCAGCGGUGGCUCUGGUGUGGGUGUUUUCUCUGGUCUCCAUCACUCCAGUCUGGAUGUACACAGGGCUCAUGCGUCUCAAGGAUGGCUCAGUCGGCUGUGCCCUACUGCUGCCCAACCCGGCCACAGAUACAUACUGGUUCACCCUCUACCAGUUCUUCUUGGCCUUCGCUUUGCCUUGGGUGGUCAUCUGUGGGGUCUUCUUCAAGAUUCUCCAAAACAUGUCAGCUACAGUCGCCCCACUGCCCCAGCGCAGCCUGAGGGUGAGGACGAGAAAGGUGACUCGUAUGGCAGUGGCCAUAUGCGUGGCGUUCUUCACCUGCUGGGCCCCCUACUACAUCUUGCAGUUGGUCCACCUUGGAGUACAGCGGCCCACCUUUGCCUUCCUGUAUGCCUACAACAUUGCUAUCAGCAUGGGCUAUGCCAACAGCUGCAUUAACCCCUUUAUCUACAUUGUAUUAAGUGAGACAUUUAAGAGGCAGUUCAUUGUAGCCAUCCGGCCGUCUCACAGGGGUUUCAGAGUUGCCCCUGCUCUGGCUGAUGGCAGCAUGAGUCUGAGGAUGGCACCGGACAGCUCUCAUCCGUCCCACUCGCACUCAUCAAGGGAACUACUUCAAAACAUGCUGCCUGUCACUGUGGCCGUGCACUGAGAUGGACGCUUAACUGGCUUAGAUGGCCUCCUGCCACUACUGACUGUUCUUAUUCCCUCAGCAAACACUUCUGUUUCCUUGAAGACAUACUGGAGGAGGGGUUUUCUUUCCAAAGGUGACUCUGUUACACCGUUAACUACAUGAAUGUGCCAAGGAGUGAUAUAAUAAGUGACAUUUCAAGGGUGUUCAAUGUGAGUAACAGUCAUAUCUAAUCACACGUUUACCAAAAUGAGAGAAAAAAGAACAAUAGAUGACUUCUGGUGUCUGUUUAGUCCCAGUAAACUACAGAGAAUAAGUAAGCAAUUCAACAUGGAAAACAAAUAGCACAGGCUUCUUCAUAAUAGAGCAUAAUGAGUGACUUAACACCCCCGGAUGUUUACUGAGGAUCAGCAGCUUUAUUAAUCAUUACUGUACCUCUGAUUCAUUUCAUGCAUUUUUGAUUUCAGUGUUUAAGUGUUUAAUUGUGUUAUCUGUUUUAUGCUGAAACUUGCCAUCAGUAUUGUUGGAUUACAGAAUUCGCAGUGUAAGUCAUCAGUUAUUCAUUUUGACAGUGCGGUGUGACUAGAUAGUAAUGGCACUAAUAGCCGGUAAGAGAAAACACAUUAUUUGUGUGACUGUUGUAUGUUCUGUUGAUGUUGUAAUUGUAUCUAUAUUGUGGCAGAAAAACAGUGUAUUAUAACAGACUCAUUCAGUCAUUGUAUUUGAAAUGUUAAAACAAUCUUAUCCAUCAGUGAAACAUCAUUAAAGAUAUUGCACAAACAUCUGCAGGCUACUGCAUGUAGUAAAAAAGUGAUAUUAUACUGUAUCUGGGUGGCUUGUGUGGCAGUUAUUUGUCUGUGUGCACCAAUGUGAUCACUGGAAAUGUACAAUUUGGCGUGUCUAUUGUAACUUGGUGUAUGUUUUAAGUGAUGAAUUUAAUUGCAGGGGAAACAGGAGAUUCUCUUAACAAUGUUUAAAAUGAGAGGAAUCUCAUCAGGAGGUCGAAUUGGGUAUUCCCUUAAUAAAAGGAAAUAAUAUCAAUGUAAUCAAAAAGAAAAUCUGC